AUGACCAGUUUGAAGAGAUCUUUGGAACCAUUUAACGUAUUGGAAGAAACUAUUCCAGGCGUUCACCAAGAAGUUAAGAGAUUCAAGAAUGCUAAAACCGAGGAGCUUUAUACUUCCCUGGAGUAUGUGCCUCAAACACAAAAAGGUUUAGUAGUUUCUUCGUUCACUGAGGAUUUGAAACUGUUGACAGAUUUACCAGUACCACAGAAGUUAAAGCCUUAUGAGAUUUUGAUAAAAAACAAAUACAUUGGACUUAACCAUGUGGAUUGGAAGAGUAAAAAGUACAGAUUUAGCAUUUACUCUUUCCCAUGGGUCAAUGGUAGGGAAUCUUCUGGUAUCGUGGUUAGAAGAGGUGAAAAAGUAGAUGAAGAAAAAUUCCCACUUGGUGGUGAGGUAUUCAUUGCCAGUACAACUUACAGAGAUCUCAGAACGUCAACCUUCCAAGAAUACACAGUUUUCGAUUCACGUCUGGUAUGGAGAGUUCCUGAAAGGAUAGGGCUUGAUUUUGCGUCUGGUAUUGGCGUCAGUUUAGUUACUGCUGGCGCAGCUUUGGCUUCAAAGAGGAAUGUGAAAGUUCAACCAGAAGAGAAAAAAUCCAUUGUCAUCUGGGGAGGUUCCACUGGAGUUGGUAUAUUUGUUGUUCAACUUGCCAAAAGCCUUGGAUUUACCAAGAUUAUUACCAUCACUUCAAAGAAACACGAGCAAUAUUUACUUUCUCUCGGUGCAACUCAUAUCAUCCAUCGAGAAGAAAAAACGGAAGAUAUCGUUAAUGAGAUUAAAAAAAUCUGCCCUAACGGGGUCUCCCAUGGUGUGGAUUUGAUUUCGAAGAAGACUGCAGAAACUCUCUCCAGUAUCUUAUCAGCGGAAAGCAAAUUAGUUUGCGCAGCAGGUUGUCCGAACAAAGCCCAAGUGAACGAUCCUACAAUUAAAGUUGAAGCAAUCAACCUAAAAUUAUUUCAUGAAGAUUUAGAUUACGGCCAAGAGUUCGUCAGAUAUACAACUGAGUUGUUCGAAAAGAAUAGGCUGAAACCAUUAUCUAAUUUGAAGCUUUUCAAAGGCUUAGAAAAUUUCUGCCAAGGUAUCAGAAAUGGCCUCAGAGAACUUGAGGAAAGGGGAGCAAGUGCUGAGAAAUACGUCGUAGCUAUUUAA